AUGAAUUACGCAGAAUUGGGUGGAUUCGAGGACAACUACAUGCAGUUGCGGGUGGCUUCCAUAGCCACACCGCACCACGGCAUGAAACUACGUAUCAAGUCAACCAGCAAGGAGUAUACCGCCGAACACGCUGACCAGACAGAUGCUGUUCCUGAGUUAACUG